AUGCAACAUAACCAAUAUGUGGAUUCUGGACCAAACCCCUUAUGUCUAGGAUAUGAAGAGAAAUCCUUGCUUACCCAAGAUCAAAUUAAAACUAUUGUUAAUCAAAUCAACAUAAGGAGAAAUUUUAUAGCAUUGGGUCAAUCUAAAUUUUUUCAUGCAGCUGCUAAUAUGAAAAAAAUUGUUUGGUCGAAUGAAUUAGCUGUAUUUGCUCAGAGAUGGGUCGAUCAAUGCAAUCAAUCGUUAAGACCCGACCUAGAAGACCAAUGUCGAGAUAUGGAGAAAACAAAAGUUGGUCAAAAUAUUGCUACUAUAACGGGCUUAUCUCCGGGCGUGAACGUGAAAAGUUUCGUUGAAAUAUGGUUUAUGCUUUCUAUGGACUAUGUUGGAAGCGUAACUUAUUACAACCAAUCUCGUGAUUAUAGAACUAAGUACUUUACACAAUUAAUCUGGGCUGACACAGAUAAAGUUGGAUGUGGCAAAGCGAGAUUCUUUGUAAAACAUAUGAAACUUACACUCGUAGAGCGCCUCGUUUGCAACUUUGCACCACGAGGCAACGUACACGGCAAGCCUAUCUAUACCAUUGGCUAUCCCGCCACACAGUGUGAUGAUAACAUGAUACCUGACAAAAUAUUUCCUGGGCUAUGCAGAUAUGAUACUAAAGCAGCUAGAUUGUCUUCUGUGAACACAGUUGCUACUAGUUUGCUUAGAAUUCGCAAUCUAUUUAAUGAUUUGACGGAACAGGAAAUUGAUCCUGUUCGUAGUGACUUAAAACAAACUACGAAUUCAUCAAAAAUUACUAGCUCUAACCAAAAAAAAUACGAUGUUCUACAAGGAUCUAACGAUUUCAUCAAACGCAGUUAUCCUUUAGAAAAUGAUAAUUUCUGGACUGGUCAUAAAAAUAAUUCAAGGCCACUAAGCGAUUAUUUACGUCAACAAGAAAAAGGGCAUUCAAAAUUAUAUCACGGUCAUGAUCAUAAAGAUGAAUUCGAUUAUUUACAUCCAACGACAACAUUUCAAGAUUCAGGAAAAUAUGAUUUUACAACUUCUUUGAAACAUCAGCAUGAAAUAAAUUAUAGGAAACAUAAUAUCAAAGAUCAAUGUACACGCAAAACUAAUUCGCAGAUAAACAAUGAUGCUAUAUCUAUGUGUGACUGUAGACAAAAAACUUUUAAAUGUACACGAGGCCAAAAGGCAAACUGUCAAACAUUUACACAAAAAUAUACGACAUGUUCAGAAAGCACAACACAUCCAAAUUUAAAUAAUGAAUGUGCUUGUGGAGCAACACAAACAAGCUGCCACAAUAUCAAUCACUAUGCACAAAACAGAAACUAUGAUUGUGAUGUAAAGUGUUCUGCACAACGUUCUGCUGGCUUGCUUAAAUCUUUAGAAAACCCAGAUACUGAUAGCUCCGAAACAUAUAAUAAGUUUCUUCAUUAUGAUCUUCAUAAGGAGGAAACACAAAUAGAAAAACUGAUAACACCCUAUGGUUAUGAUGAUGUUACAGCUAGGGAACUUAUACGGCGUCUUAAUAAGCGCAAAAAUAUGAAAUCUGAUUAUAGGCAG